AUGUUCUCAGUUGAAGUGGAAAACACCUUUGGGUAUGGAAAAAAAAAAAAAAAGAGUAAGAAAUUUACUCAUGGAGGGGUUAACCGAUUAGAGACAGACGAAGCGAUUAAAAUGGAAGAAAAAGGAGCACAUGAGGUGGAUCAUAAUAAGGUGAGGAAUAACAUUCCGAUCAUGUUUCCGAGGGAGAUGAAAGUAGCACAGGGAAAGUGCUUAAUGGAUGAAAAUGGGGAAGACAACCCAGUCGAAGAAACAGCAUUGAGUGAGGGAGCACCUCCUUUAAGAAUAAAUCUCGCAAGUGAACAGGCUGAUGAAGGUACGCAUUCGACGAUGACGAAAGAAGCGAAUGUGAUUGGUAAAAUAGCACCCGUUGGCAAACUUCUUCGGAGCAGUAGCCAUGGACCAGCCUGGGAUGAUAAUAACCAUGGAAGGGAUAAAAGCUCCAUGAGGUACUUCCUCCCUCGAAGGAACAUUACUGUUGAUUGUGAAAAGGAAGGCCAGACAAAUCUCUUGGUGAGUCCCUUCAAUGAGUCAAAUAAUCCUUUGCCAUGUUACCCCGAAGGAUGCAGUCGCAGAGGUUGCUCCACAGAUGUUCCGCAGCAACAUUUUGAGCACCAUAUUAGUAAAGCGGUAAAUGUAGCCAAAAUAAAAUUGAAAACAUGUGAUGCAAGCAAUUUUGAAAAUGCGAAAUGCGCGAAUGGAAGUUACGAAAUGGUGAAGGGAUCUACGUCUAGGGAUUCCUCUUUUGGGAACCCACUCCUUGAGAGGAAUAUCAUCAACUGGGGUAACAACGAUUUUGCGCUAUGUAGACAUGGUGCAAAUGAUUCUAAAGGCAAACUACAGGAUGAUGAAAAUGAAGUACACAAAAGUGAGGAACGGAAUGAAGGAGAAGAGACCGAUGUGAGCACAGUUAAGAGUUCCGGAUCGGUCGAUGAAGGUGCAACACAUGGGGGGAACCAUCAAAUGGGGAAUUUAAAAAGGGGAGACGGAGCAACGUUUGACGUGAUAAAGGUGGGCAAGUCCAAUAUGGGAAGCCACCGCUUACAUGAUAACAUUUUGGAAUAUAAGGACGAAGACAAAAUUUGGGAGCACUCAAAAAUGGACGGUGAAGUAUGUAAGGGGAUGAUAAACAGUCGGUGUGCUAUAAACCCUGUUAGCGUAGAAGGCAAAAGUGAGCCUAUUGGUUCUGAUAUGGCAUCUCCGGAAGGGGAUGAAAUGGGAGGUAUAGAAAAAAAGGCCCUUACAGUGAAUACACACACCAUUGCACAGGGAAGCAUUACUAACCAUGCGGAGGAAGGGGAAGAAGGUAGAAGAGAACAAAUCCACAACGCACUACGUGACAACGGUACAAAGCCACAAACUUUAUUCAGCGCCGAUAUAGAGAAGAACAAAAUGUUGCUUUCCCCAAAUGGAGUAGAAAUAAAGACGGCUGAGUACACUUAUCGCUGUGUUCAUCAUAUGAACAGAGAAGCGAAGCUCUAUUCAAAUGACACCACAGUAAAUUUUUUAAAAAACAAUGUUAUGUUUUUGAGGAAAAGAAGAGGUAACAAGGCCUGUAAGAAGGAUAGUAGUAACAGCAGGAGCUACACCAGUGGGAGUAGGAAUGUGAACAAAGAAGGGGAUGGGAAGAGCAAAGACCUACCUAAGGGACAUGGUGUAGUACUGCAUAUGGGAAAUACUUUUUUGCCCGUCCCAAAGGGUAAGUCAAUAUUUGUGGAGAAAAGUGAGACAAAUGGAAAGUGCCCAAGUAGGGGGAGAAAGGGGCAAAGUGAGAAGGAUGUCUGUCCAUUACACAGUGGCAGAACCAUCUUCCCUCUCUUUACUCCACUACGAAGAAGCGACAAAAUAACGAACAAAAAAGUGUUUCGCAUAAGAAAUAAAAAUAUGUACGUGGCGCAAGGUGCACCAGAAAUCAGUCCCACGGUGGCUACAAAUCGGAAAAAUGAUGUUCACGUAAACGAAUUUGUAAAAAAUAAAUUCUUACCUAAAGGAGAACAGGAAUGGAAUUUUCUCCAUAAUAGUACUACACACGUGAGAGAAAAAUCAAAUGUGGCAAGUUCAAAAUGGUUCUACUAUGACAAAAUCAAAGGGAGUAACAACCCGUAUGUACAUAGUCAUAACAAAAAUGAAGACAAGUGGAGACCUUCCUUGGACAGCCUUCUGAAGAAUUUCUACAAGGAAAGAACAAACAACACAACUGGUGAGAAUUAUACCAACAAGCAUUUUAUCAUUAACAGGAGUAGGAACCAUUUGAAAAAUCAAAAUAAGGCAUUUGGUAUUAGUGAGGACGGGACGUCUCCUUCCCUGUUGGCUAACGGGGAGGGGAAGUACACUGAAGAGCACAGCAAGGGGGAUGUCUUAAAGGGGUGCGGCCAUGACAGAAGUUGUGUCUUUGGUAAACCUGACCUAUUAACCACGAUAAAGGGAAGAGACAUGGACGUGGAAGGGGGAGAAAUGGGGCGAACCUACGUGGAGAGGGCGCAUUCAGAAUAUCAUAAAAAGGUGUGUGAGGAAAGCGAACAUGUAAAGGAACUGACCAAGCAACAAACAGAGGCAAAUUUAUGUGGCAAAAAUAAUAAUCGCAUUGUUGAGCAGGCAGAGAGAUUUAAUUUUUUUCAUAGCGAGCAUGAUUUAUUUAACGGGCAGAAAUUACGGCUGUAUUUUUCCAAAGGGAAAAACGCCCUGCAUAAUGGGAUUUUUAAAAUAAGGGGCGAAGUUGGGAUAUUCUCCUCAAUUUUUAAAAAUUUCCCCUUUUUAGAGCAAGGGGAAAAAAUGAAUGAUGCGCAAGGGGCCAACCAGGAAUCCAUUUCGUAUGAAUGUAGGUAUAACGCCGAGUUGGUUUGUCGCCCGGGGGGGAAGAAGCUGCGGGAUGUCGCGAAAUGUGCGUCCAGUGCAGCGGAUGCGGUCGAUCGGGGGUGCCCUGGUAAGGAGGACAGAAAUGAUGAGGCUGGGGCUUCUGAAGUGAAUUCGCAGAAUGGAGCUCCUGAGGUACAUAAGAUCAUUUGUGGCAGGAGCGAACAGGAGGAGCCUGUGUGUGCAGGAUCGGACGACGAAGCAACGGGAUCGACUAGCCAAAUGGGCAGCAGCGCUAGGAGCUGUAGUAACGGCAGAGAUGCGUGUAACGAGUUCGCCGGCGGAGAGGCAUCCCCGGGGGAAGGUGCACAAAUGAGUGCACUGAGUAAGCAAAACGACCAAGUGAAGGAUGCAAAGGGGGUGGCUCUUACCGAGGAGGAGGACAAGUGUGUACUGCAAAGGGGUGAUGAAGAAGGGAUCGAAAUUAGCGCCGAUGUUGCGAAGGACGACAUUACAAACGCAGUGUCCUACAUUAGUGAGAUCGAAGGACAGGAAGGUGGUUUGCUUGACAAGGAACAUAUUGACCCCUUUUUCUGCUCCAAAGAUGGAGAGCUAAGAAUGGCGGCGGACAGUAACAACUUGGGAUGCAACGAAAAUGGAGAUUUGGAGCGGCAAAAAGGUGAUCCCACAAAAAGCUUAAAUGAUGAAAUGAUGGAGAAUUUCGAGAGGAUUGCCGAAAGGAUCAACUUCAUUUUAGAUGAUACCAUGGAAUUUUUUAAGAAAAAUUUAUAUGUGCAUAAUGGGUAUGGCUCUGUGCAGGUGUACAAAGAGGACACGGGGUGGUUAGGGGAGAACACACUGGGUAAGUGGUCUCGCGUGUACAAAAUUAAUAAGGUGGUUUGUAAGGGUGCGCAUGGGGUGGUGUUUUCCGCGUGGAAGGGGGAGGAGGGCGAUGAUACGGGUAAGCAGUUUGAAGAGAACGCGGAAAAAGACGCAGGCCUGGCGAAGGAAAACGGAGCACGCGAGGGAAACACACAAGUGGAAGGAGCAGCGGGGGAUAGCAUCGAUGAGGGAAGCGAUGGGCGCGGUGAUGACGGCAAGGAUGAAGACAGCGAUGAAGGCACCUACGACGAAGAGAACUUGGUAACCCUGAAAAUCAUGAACUUACGCUAUUUAAGUAAAAAAAAUAGUGUGACGAGAAUCAUGAAGGAGGUGCAUUUCUUGCAAAAUUGCAACCACCCCAAUAUUGUUAAGUACCACGAAUCUUUUUUCUGGCCUCCCUGUUACCUGGUCAUAGUGUGUGAGUUCCUUUCAGGCGGAACAUUAUUCGAUUUAUAUAAAAAUUGUGGAAGGAUAACUGAAGAUGUGUUGGUGCACAUUCUAGAGGACGUAUUAAAGGCGUUAAAAUAUUUGCAUAACGAAUGCCCCUUAUGUUUAGUCCACAGGGACAUCAAACCGACGAACAUUGUUUUUUCGAAAAGUGGAGUAGCAAAGAUAAUAGACUUUGGGUCCUGCGAAAAGGUAGAAGAUUUAAAAAUGCAUGAAGUUGUGGGAACUCUUUAUUAUAUUUCUCCAGAAAUUCUGAAGAGAGAAAAGUAUGACUGUUCAGCAGACAUUUGGUCGUUAGGAAUUACUAUAUACGAAAGUGUUAUGUGUGCAUUGCCAUGGAAGGGGAAAAAAGACAUUGAGGAAUCUAUCAAACAGAUUGUAGAUUCUUCUCCUAAAAUUAAUCUGUGCUCGGGGUUUAGUAAACAGUUCUGCUUUUUUGUUGAAUCCUGUUUACAAAAUAAUCCUGGAAAAAGGGCAAAGGUUGCACAUCUACUUUGUCAUAAAUUUUUAACGAAGAAGAGACUCCUACGGAGGAAGCCAAAUUCCAUUUUUGAAAUUAGGGAUAUUCUCAAAGUUAACAAUGGGAAGAGGAAAAGUAAUAUUUUUCGAAAUUUUUUCAAAAAUCUUUUUUUCCUUAAUGAUAAGAACAAACGGAGAAGGAACAAAGUUUUGGGCUCUAAGUCCUGCGAACCAGAAAUGUUUUACCAGAAAUUAAAAAGAGAGAACUUUGACUUGUUCGAAAUUAAGUUGCGAGAUGAGAACAGCAGAUCUUUGGGCCACUUGCACGUGGGCGGGACCAAGUCGGGUGUCGCUGCAAAUGAAGAGGAGGAGCACGAGGGUAAGGAAGACGGCCAAAAUGGAAAAGCAGAGCCAAAUGUGCACGACGACGGUGACGCAGAAUGCGCAGAGUGGGGAGUCCAACGGAUGAACAACCUUUCCUCAAACUAUCUCGAUUCAAAGGAGGACAUAGCGAAGCAGCCCGAUGCUGCCUAG